AUGCGAAUGCGAGGCAACCUGGGCGACCAGGGGGCCGAACAUCUCGCAGAGGCUUUGGCCGAGAACGAGGUCUUAACAUCCUUGUCCUUGGAAGGGAACCGAGUGAGCGGUGGCAGAGCUGUGGAGGGAAGGUGGGAGUGGUGCAAGUCCAAGUGA